AUGGCCGAGACCAAAAAAUCUCCUCAAAAAAAGGCUCCACUGAAAUUCCUGAUCACUCAGCAGGACUCAAGCAUGUACAGCGACGGUGGGGACAACAUCGACAUCCACAAAGACGACGAAAUGCGAGAAAUUUCAAUGCAACUGACAAUGAUCCGCAAAAAGCAUGACCAAACCAAAAGAGAAAACUCUUUAAAGCGGCACCAGCUUGAAAGAUCUAAAAAAGAGCUGGAAAAGCUAGGAACAGUUGCAGAAGUCUUAGUUCUUAGUUAGAAUUAUAGAAAAGUUCCCUGUGAUGCCUCGAGUUGGGUAUUUAUCUCCACCUUGUUUAGUGGCUGCCUGCCGUCUGCCUAUCGCUAUGCUCCUCCAGCACACUAGCUUGAGUGUAGUGGGAUGUGCCACCAUGGUUGCUCUUCCAGAAAAUUCAAAAAAUGAAUUUUCUGGCCGAGGUGUCGAUCAAAAUAGAACUUGAUACCAGGACGCAGCUCCUAUUAUCAUGAUAUAAAAUGCCUGAUUGGUCUCAAAGACUCUGCUGAGCUUUACCUUUCCAACACCAAUCUUUCAUCUUCCUCCGAGCUAAAACAUUGACCUGAAUGUGAGAAUGCAGACGGCUAACCCAACAUUGCGCUCCACCAAGCCAACUAAAAUCUGACCGGAUGCACAUUACCGGACGCAAUCUUCCUUCCUUAAUGCCCCUGGGUUACCCAGCUACCUGCAUUAAGAAGAUGGGCUAGUUCAUAAUUUUAAUAUAUUUCUUCACAGAAGUCACCGAAAUGGACGAGCGGAGUAUCAACCAAAGAAUAGAACAGCUCGAAACUGCUUUAGAACUGACUCAUAUGAAAGUAGAAGAAGAGCUUCUUAACAAGAAAAGCUAUGAGCACAUGCUCAACAGAAUGAAUUUAGAAAAAGUCAAUCUCCAAGUCACCUCUAACCAUCUGAGCCAUACCUUAAAAUCGUCCAAGAUGGAGUUAGAAAGCGAAAAAGAAAAAUCCAGGAAAAACAAAGAGCUAAAUCACCAGUCAAAAAAAUUCUUACAAGAGCUAAAAGCAAAUUUAGAAUUUGAAAAAAGAAAAAAAGAAGAAAGAGUGCAGCAGCUCGAAAGAAGCGUAAAAAUGAGAAAAGACGCAUCAGAAAGACGACAAGAAAGACUGAAAAGACAAGCCGAAAUUGCAGAAGCUGCUGCAAAUGAAGAUAGAGACAGCCAAGAAAUCCAGAUGAAAGAGCAGCUUCUUAUAAACAGGUUUUGGUAUAUGUAUUUACGAUGGAAACUUGAAAAAGAAUGGCAAAGUGCUGCAGAGGUCGAAGAAGCCUUCCAAAAAAUCCGUGCAGCUACAGGUCUGUCCAACGUAAAAGACAUCGUCCAAAAAUUCCUGACCCGUGAAGAAGUCCAUCAACAGCUCAUGCAAAGCAUCUCAGAAGCCGAAAAAACUCUGGAUGACCUGAAAGCAGAAAAUGAAAAAUCACGAAAUGAGCUUAAAGAACUUUUGCUUAUAGAAGGAGAAACCAAUGAAAGGUCCUUUUAUAAAGAAUUCAAAGCUUUAGAAGAAAAGCUCGCCAAAGAGCAAAAUGAGCUGCUUAAAUGCAGGGAAAGGAACGAAAAUUCUACAAGGAAUUAUGAGCAUAUUUUUGCAUGGGGAAAAAAAAUAAUGAGCAAGCUUGAUAACAGACUGGACACGUCCAAUAUGGACUUGGUGGAUUUAUUUAACAAAAUCAAAGAAAAAUUAGAAGUCGUGGUGACGCCUUUGCUGGAAAAUAAGGAAGCUUUUUUGAAGGAAUUGAAUAAAUAUGAGUCUAAAAAGACUGAUCAGCUGCUGAAAGAAAUUUAUACCCCUGAUUUUAUAGCGAAAAACUCAAGAGUGAGGCCGAAAAGUCCUAGUGAGACCAGUGAGCAAGGAAAUGAAGAAGUGGCACUUGCGAGACUGUCGUCUUCUUUGGUGGGAGAUAAUUAA